UAGUGACAGAACGCUUGGUAUCAGUCGGGAAUACCACCUUCAGUCAAGUAUUUGUCAGGUUUUCGUUCAUAUCUGUUGACUGUGCAGCAUUCGUUAUGGCAUCGAAGACAGUCAGGAAGAAAAUAAAAGUCGAACCGAAAAGAAAGACGUCCAUCAUUGAAAAACUGUCCCCUUCAAAGCAUCAAGAAUCCUCUGAGGUGUCACUUUCAACGUAUUACUUGGAUGUUCUAGAUCUACCAGUCGACCCAAUACAACACCCGGAAAUAGACGAAAGAAAGAUUGCUUGUAGUUCUGCCGGCGAUUCUACAGACGAAAAAAACAGCAACCCUGGACAAGUUAAAGAUUUUGUUACCAGACAUCCACCAGAGGCGACCUCCAAGGAAAGAAGUUGUCGUUUACUGGAAGGAAGUUGUCUUCAUGUUAUGUUGUUGUACGUAAUGACGUUGGUAUCCCUUACGACACUGGUGUUCAUGGUUCUUUUUAUGUUUGGCAUGGUACGAUUUUCAAGUGGAGGUUGUAAGUGCUCAACUCAAGGGGAUUAUAGCUCUAACGUAUUGAACAGCACUAGACUCCAGAUUCUAAGCCAAGCACUUCAAAAUAUGUCUGCUAAGAUUUCAGAAUUAGAAUCCAAGGUAAGAGCUGCUGGCAACAAUGAGACUAGAGGCCGUGGACCACCGGGUCCAAAGGGUCCCCCGGGAAUUCCUGGUCCCCCUGGACUUCCUGGUCCCCCUGGACUUACUGGUCCCCCGGGACUUCCUGGUCCCCCUGGAGUGGCUGGAUCCCCUGGAGUCACAGGCCCUGCUGGUCCUCAAGGAGGUGGUAACUUGACACUGUGUCAGUACAAGAUGAUUACAAGUUCGGGAGUGAGACCAGGACCAAGAGCAGACUGUGAUGUAUCAACUUUUGAACAAAACGACAAGAAAAUUCUAGGAGUCACGUGUUCAACCAACGGCGCUGCUUAGUACGUCUUGACGAGUGCAAGACUGGGUACAAUGCGCACCUUCAAGUGUCACUGCAAGGGAAAUUCCAGUCUCUUUAUUCCAGCUAAUCUGGUCCAUUGUUACAUACAUUACUGGGAGUGUCCACUGAUUUCCUAAGCUGUAAGAUUGCAAGCGGUCUCACUUUUCCUUACGUUUCUUACAGACUCAGUAAAGACGAGUUUUUUAGAGAGAUUAUAGCGGAGAAGGCGGGGAGAGGGAGAGCAGUUCUAAUUUUACAUCCCAUCCUGGGUAACCCAGGGGUAAAAUUCUGCCACUCGUUUUUUGCUACGAGAAAAAAUUUUCUGGUAGCGAGAAACAAACGAUAUAGUUUUACCCCUGGGUUCCCAAGGGAUGCUCCUUUCGCGCCUACUGGGCUGUAAUCUCUCUAAAAACUCGUCUUUACGGAGUCUGCAAGAAAAGUUAUACUCGGAGUUUUUUGCGAUUCCUUUUCAAUAAUUUUAAAGAACCUUUCAAUGGUCAACACCUGUCGUCUCACGUUUGCCGUACACGAGCAUCUUAAACUCUCUAAUAAUCUUUAAACUCCGCCUAUUGGCUCCAAUCUCUGCGAGUCCACAGGAAUCCUAAAAACUCGUCUUUACUGAGUCUGUAGGGAAAAAUGGCCCAACUACUUGCAAUCAAAACAUGGAAAUAUAGAGCUGCAAAUUACGUACGACUGUACAGGAAAACUAUCGACAUGUUAAGGACGUCAAGUGCUACAGACGUGAAUCCAGCAAGCUGCAAAGUGACUGCUUCAAAGGACGUCGCCAAUACACCAGUUUUGUAUUCCAUGCAUACCGCUGUUUUUGAUGACCACACCCUCAUUUGCACAGCAGUCUUGUCCCCAGGGUCAA